AUGGCUUCUGAAGACACUAACACCAUCGACGCUACCCCCAUCUCUCCUGUCCGCAGCAAGGAGAGACGCGGCAGCUUGGAGAAGCACCUGCAACACCGUCCGGAAGCUCAGGACUUGAAAAACAGGCACAUCCUGCUCGACACCACCACGGCCCCUGCCCUCCAAGCCAGAGCUCUCGAGCUCGAGCGCCAGCGUGCCACCGACAACCUCAGGAAAGGUCUCAAUGCCCGUCCUGAGCGUGAAGAUCUUAUCCAGCGAAACAUCCUCUUGUCCUCGAAUGCCGCACCUGCCCUGCAAGAGAAGCAGAGGGAGCUCGAACACCACAUGAAGGCGGACAGCCUUGAAAAGGGCUUACAGAGCAGGCCAAACCCAGAAGAGCUUGUCAAAAAGGGUAUCCUCGAGGCUGACGAGAACCCACUUAAGGGUGUCUAG